CUCAGCCUGGAGUCCCGCGGCUCGAGGGUCCUGAAUCCAAGUGGGCGGGGAAACCUUGCCAGGGGCUGAGGAGGAGCCACCCAGUCUGGGUUCCAACCCUGCCCUUUUUUCUGUGUGACCUUGGGUCCUUCCUGUGGCCUCUCCCGGCCUCCAUUUCUCCAUUUGUCAAGUGAGGACAGUGGCGAGCCCCAGGACUGUUGGGUCAGGUCCCUGACCUGGGCCUUACACCCCCGAAGAUCAUGAUGGCAUAUAUGAACCCGGGGCCCCACUACUCCGUCAACGCCUUGGCCCUGAGUGGCCCCAGUGUGGACCUGAUGCACCAGGCUGUGCCCUACCCCAGUGCCCCGAGGAAGCAGCGGCGGGAGCGGACCACCUUCACCCGCAGCCAGCUGGAGGAGCUGGAGGCGCUGUUCGCCAAGACGCAGUACCCGGACGUGUACGCCCGCGAGGAGGUGGCGCUCAAGAUCAACCUGCCCGAGUCCAGGGUCCAGGUCUGGUUCAAGAACCGCAGGGCCAAAUGCAGGCAGCAGCGGCAGCAGCAGAAGCAGCAGCAGCAGCCUCCUGGGGGACAGGCCAAGGCCCGUCCUGCCAAGAGGAAGGCGGGCACCUCCCCGAGGCCCUCCCCGGAUGUGUGUCCCGACCCCUUGGGCGUCUCCGACUCCUACAGCCCCCCUCUGCCGGGCCCCUCUGGCUCCCCGACUGCGGCAGUGGCCACUGUGUCCAUCUGGAGUCCAGCGUCAGAGUCCCCUCUGCCUGAAGCCCAGCGGGCUGGGCUGGUGGCCUCGGGGCCCUCUCUGACCUCAGCCCCCUACGCCAUGACCUACGCCCCGGCCUCGGCCUUCUGCUCCUCGCCGUCGGCCUACGGCUCUCCCAGCUCCUACUUCAGUGGGCUGGACCCCUACCUGUCCCCCAUGGUGCCCCAGCUGGGAGGCCCAGCGCUCAGCCCCCUCUCGGGCCCUUCCGUGGGGCCCUCCCUGGCCCAGUCCCCCACCUCCCUGUCCGGCCAGAGCUACGGUGCCUACAGCCCCGUGGACAGCUUGGAAUUUAAGGACCCCACCGGCACCUGGAAGUUCACCUACAACCCCAUGGACCCUCUAGACUACAAGGAUCAGAGUGCCUGGAAGUUUCAGAUCUUGUAGAAGAUGCUCCCUCAGCCUCACCUGGCCUCCGGUCCCCUCUGAAUCUGCCUCCUUGCCGCUUAGGUUUCAGGGAUGGCAAAGCAACCAGAACUGAGGACAGCCAGGCUUCCUCAGGUGCCGUCUUGAGACUCAGAAGCAGCUGGCCCCAGGCAGCCCCCCAACUCCAGCUGCCCCACAGCUGGGGACUGGCACUCAGAGCCUCGGCCACAGACUUCAGAGACCUGUGCUGGGACCUGUCCAAGGAGAAAGCAAACCCACUGUGCAGCUGACGGGGGUCACCAUGGGGUCAGAAUCACUGCACCCUUGAACAACAGGGGAGCCUCUGUCCCUUACCUGUCCACGAGGACACUUCCUCAGCACAUGGGUAGGAUCCCCAGAGAUUCCAAGGGCGGAUUCUAAGAGGCUCCCCUGGGAACCUUAGGUUAAUUACACAGCUUUGUGAAAAAAUUCGCUUGGAGACUUUACAGACUUCACAAAUGUCAGGCUUACAUGGUAGAUUUAAGAGGCCCUUUCCUAUAAAUGCAUGACUAUGAGAUACGUGGACGUGUGAUGUUUAUGGAUAAACAAAUGUCUGAUAUGUC